CGGCGCUCGGUUUGAGUGUCCGGCGUGUCUUGGCCUCCAAUGGGUAAUGUUGUGCGAGCCGCAUCUCCUCAAGGUGACGCGCCCAAACAAUUACCGGUUUCCGAAGGGCCAGAGAAAACCGCUUUGCCAAACGAAGGACCAGGAACGAUCGAAACUAUUCACAACAAGGCCCAUGAAGUUUUCCCGGUCCCUUUUGACGGUGCAAAGCUAGUCAUAAACAAGGGCUUGUCCCAAAAUUUUCAGGUGAACCAUUCACUCUCACUGUGCAAUGACGAGCAAGGUGGUUAUCGAUUCGGUGUUACGUACGUGGGGCACCAGAAAGUCUCGGAAACCGAAAGCUAUCCCAUUUUAAUGGGCGAGCUUCAGCCGAACGGAAACUUGCAGGCGCACAUCAUCCAUCGGCUAACACCACUUGUGUAUAUCCGUUACGCAGCGCAGGCUCAGAGGAACAAAAUGGUUGGACAACAGCUCGUUACAGAACUAAAGGCGAAAAAGUGGCAGACUGCAUUUACAAUUGUCAACCCAGAUAUCAACCGCGGGCAAGCGAUGGCCGCCGUUGAUGUCAUGAAACAGGUUUCUAACCGAGUUGCACUCGGGAGCAUGUUUUUUUACCAACGGUCCCCUCAACUGCCUUCGAAACAAAAUGGUGUUUGGAGUAUCGGCGGUAAAUAUACGUCUGAUAAUUGGCAGGCAUGUGCCACCCUUCGGCCAUGGCAGCUUGGUAUUCAUACAAGUUUACAUCUUCAAGUCAAUGAAAGCCUACAGCUCGCCGCCGAACUUGAGUCCAGUCACCAGCAACAAACCAAUACGACAACACUGGGUUACAAAUAUGAUAUUCCAAAGGCAAAUGUGACUUUCAAAGCGCAAUUGGACUCAAACUGGAAUAUCGCUAGUUCUUUAGAAAAGAAACUGACACCAUUCCCGUUCACGUUUACACUGUGUGCACUGGGUAACCAGACAAAAGCAAAAUAUGCCUUCGGAAUCGGACUAAUGGUUGGUUGA